AUGACGCUCUUGGCACUCCAGGAAGACAGGCCGACGCCCAGCAAUGUGUACAACUGGCGAGUCUAUGUCUCUGCCAUCAUUGCUUCAUUCGCGGCAUGCACAAUAGGCUACGACUCUGCCUUCAUUGGCACGACGCUGGCAUUGCCUUCCUUCAAGACUGAGUUCAAGUUUGACUCGUACACCGACGAAGGUAGAGCCUUGCUCUCGUCCAACAUCGUUUCUGUCUACCAAGCCGGAGCCUUCUUCGGCAGCCUGUUCGCCUAUGCCUCUAGUUACUAUCUCGGACGGCGAAAGUCGCUGAUCCUCUUUGAUCUGGUCUUCCUUGUGGGAGCCGGUGUCAUGCUUGCUGCCAGCGGCGACCGCGGAAUUGGUCCCAUCAUCGGGGGUCGUGUGCUAGCAGGUAUCGGUGUUGGCGGAGCAUCAAACCUGGUUCCGAUUUACAUUUCCGAGAUGGCCCCUCCAGCCAUCCGCGGACGACUUGUUGGCAUUUAUGAGAUGGGCUGGCAGAUUGGCGGUCUGGUGGGCUUCUGGAUCAACUACGGCGUGAACACGACAAUGGCACCAUCUCACAAGCAGUGGAUCAUCCCCUUCGCCGUGCAGCUCAUCCCGGCCGGUAUUCUGCUCAUCGGUGCCUUGUGGCUGAAGGAGUCUCCUCGAUGGCUGUUUAUGAAGGGCAGAAGGGAGGAGGCCAUGAGCGUCCUCUGCUGGGUUCGCAACCUCGAGCCAUCGCACAUCUACAUGGUGGAGGAGGUCCAGUUCAUCGACCACGAGAUCGAGCGCUUCCAAUCCGAGAUGGGCGCCGGUUUCUGGAAGCCAUUCGCCGCCUUGAAGAAGUCGAGCGUGCAGUGGCGGUUCUUCCUCGGCGGUAUGCUGUUCCUCUUCCAGAACGGCUCUGGCAUCAACGCCAUCAACUACUACAGCCCGACGGUCUUCAAGAGCAUCGGCAUCACCGGAACCAACACCAGCUUCCUCACUACUGGCAUCUUUGGUGUCGUCAAGACCUGUGUCACCUUUGUGUGGCUUCUCUAUCUGGUAGACCACCUCGGCCGACGCCGUCUCCUCUUCAUCGGCGCCAUUGGGGGCUCGCUCUGCAUGUGGUUCAUUGGUGCGUAUAUCAAGAUUGCGGGGACCCAGGCGGCUUCCUCGGGGACUUUGUCAUCCGGCGGCAUUGCUGCCAUAUUUUUCUUCUACCUGUGGACCGUCUUCUACACGCCGUCGUGGAACGGCACGCCGUGGGUGCUCAACUCGGAGAUGUUUGACCAAAACACGCGCUCCAUCGGCCAGGCCUCGGCCGCUGCCAACAACUGGUUCUGGAAUUUCAUCGUCUCGCGCUUCACGCCGCAGAUGUUCCUGGCUAUGGGCUACGGCGUGUACUUCUUCUUCGCCAGCCUCAUGAUCAUCUCGGUCGUUUUCGUCUACUUCUGUAUCCCCGAGACUAAGUCUAUCCCGCUCGAGGCCAUGGACAGGCUGUUCAGCGUCAAGCCGAUCCGCAAGGCCAACAAGACCAUCAUGGAUGAGCUUCGCGCCGAGGAUCAAGACUUUAGGCAGAACGCCGAGGGUGCGCAUUUGGAUGCAGACGAGAAGGCUGGAACGGCCAUGGUGGAGUCGGCCUAG